AGUAAAUUGCACCGACCGACUGAAGAUUUCACCGUUGUCUCGCCAAGGCGCGACACACUCGCAGGCGUCUCUCCCCUGGGACUACUACUGGGUACCGACAAACAAUACUGAAGUGGAUCUACAACUCAUCCACUCGUGUGCUGUGGUGGAAUCGCGUAUAGUUUUAAGUGGACAUGAGUAUACGCUUCUCGGUCAGCUGCUACUUGGAUGAACAAGUUCGUGAAAGAGUUAUACACAGUUGGAGACGCGCAUCUCGAACUUUAUGAAGCAGAACUACCUUCCUUGCUCAAACUGCAUUACCAGUUUUUGCCUCGUUUAAGUGAUCAUGUUGUCAAGACAGGCUGUUAUUGGGGACGAUUUUGUCUUGACUCGAUUGGCAGAGGACGUCUAUCAGACAAGGUUUGAAGCGAAGCAAAGGAAAGCGAGGUUUGUUGGCAAGAAUGGGUCUUGCAAUGUUGCUCACACGAAUAUAAGAGAACAAGGACGCUUUUUGCUGGACGUCUUUACUACUUUAGUCGACCUAAAAUGGUUGCAUACUCUUUUGAUAUUUACCAUGUCAUUUCUGUGCAGUUGGUUACUGUUUGGUAUGAUUUGGUGGCUAAUUGCUUUUGCACAUGGAGACCUGGACCAGAAAGGAGACGAUUUUAUUCCGUGCGUCACGAGCAUUAAUUCCUUUGCCUCUGCUUUUCUCUUCUCAAUAGAAGUGCAAGUUACUAUUGGUUUUGGCGGACGCAUGAUUACCGAGGAGUGCAUCUCUGCCAUUGCAGUGCUAAUUAUCCAGAAUAUAGUGGGUUUGGUCAUUAAUGCAAUUAUGCUGGGCUGUAUUUUCAUGAAGACAGCUCAAGCCAACAGGCGAGCUGAGACGCUCAUUUUCAGCAAGCAUGCGGUCAUAGCACUCCGGAAUAAUAAACUGUGCUUCAUGGUUCGCGUUGGAGACCUGCGAAAAAGCAUGAUUAUAAGUGCAACUGUCAAGAUGCAAGUCGUAAAAAAGAACACAACACCAGAGGGAGAAGUAGUUCCUCUCAAUCAAAUAGACAUUGAGUUAGAUAACUGUGCAAAUGGCAUCUUCCUUGUUUCCCCUCUUAUAAUCACUCAUGUAAUUGACAAAAACAGUCCUCUGUAUGAUUUGACAGAAUCCGACCUGUUAGAAAUGGACUUGGAGAUUGUUGUGCUUUUAGAGGGUGUGGUUGAAACCACUGGUAUCACAACACAAGCAAGAACGUCUUAUCUGUCAGAUGAGAUUUUCUGGGGACACAGAUUCGUCUCCAUUGUGAGCGAAGAGGAGGGAGUCUAUGCCGUGGACUACUCCAAAUUUGGCAACACCUUGAAGGUGCAUACGCCGAGUUGCAGUGCCAGGACAUUAGACGAAGGUGGAGUUUCCCUCCGUCUCAAAAGGGGGGAGACACAUCGGGGUACUAUCAGACGUCGACCUCCAGGUGUUGCCCAAGAGACUAUGAACUGACCUGGGCCAGGAUCAGCGACGAAUGAAAGGUUUUUGUGCCAAGGCAGAACCUAAAGGCUCUUCCAAUAGGAGGCCUAUUUGUUGCAUGACAAAGAUUUUCCCAAUACGUUUUUUGGAAGUACUUGCACUGAUUAUCAGGUACAAGAUAUAAAGUGCAUGUAGACCUAAACCAUGCACAGGGAGAUGCUCAUGUUUACAGAUGUAGGAGUUAAAUCUGAUAGAAUACAACUCUAAUUGCUUGUCUAAUUUCUUUGUUUUCUCUUCCAAUAUUUCUUUUUGUAUAAAUUGACAACUUUCAUCUGUUGAUUUCCUUUGUAAGGAAACACAUGUUUAGUUAGUGUUCUACAAUUAUAAAGUUUGAGAAAAAGUUGUCAGUUGGAGUGGCCCUGUGUUCCCUUUACAGACAGAGAAAACAGGUUCACACAGAGUCAAUCUCCUCCUUAUACUGUAAGAACCACACAUUGGCAACAUUU